AUGAGAGAAAGGGAAAGUAUGAUCCAUGAUUUUUAAGCACUUUUUCCUGAGGACAUAGUCAUGUUGGAAGGUCUCGUAGCCUGGGUUCUCAAUACCUAUUUGGGGAAAUAUGUCAAUAACCUGAACACUGAUCAGCUCUCAGUUGCGCUUCUCAAAGGUGCUGUUGAAUUAGAAAACCUGCCCUUAAAGAAGGAUGCCUUGAAAGAACUGGAAUUGCCCUUUGAAGUCAAAGCUGGCUUCAUUGGAAAAGUGACUCUUCAGAUCCCCUUUUACCGCCCACAUGUGGACCCCUGGGUGAUCUCUAUCUCCAGCCUCCACUUAAUUGGAGCCCCUGAGAAAAUCCAGGACUUCAACGAUGAAAAGGAGAAGCUGUUGGAAAGGGAACGCAAGAAAGCGCUCCUUCAAGCCCUGGAGGAGAAGUGGAAGAAUGAGCGCCAGCAGAAAGGGGAAUCCUACUGGUAUUCAGUUACUGCCUCAGUUGUUACGAGAAUUGUGGAGAACAUCGAAUUAAAAAUUCAAGAUGUCCAUUUACGCUUUGAAGACGGUGUCACCAAUCCUUCCCACCCUUUUGCAUUUGGCAUCUGCAUUAAGAAUGUAUCCAUGCAAAAUGCUGUGAAUGAGCCUGUACAGAAACUAAUGCGGAAAAAGCAGUUAGAUGUGGCAGAGUUUGGCACCUACUGGGACGUCGAUUGCACUUUAUUGGGGGAUCUGCCUCAGGUGGAAUUGCAGGAGGCCAUGGCCAGGAGCAUGGAGAGUCGCAGUCACCACUAUGUCCUGGAGCCUGUGUGUGCAUCGGCCCUCUUGAAGAGAAACUGCUCCAAGGAGCCUCUGAGGUCCCGGCACAGUCCCCGAAUUGAAUGUGAUAUUCAGCUAGAAACCAUUCCCUUGAAGCUGUCUCAGCUGCAGUACCGGCAAAUCAUGGGCUUCCUCAAGGAGCUGGAGCGGAAGGAGAGGCAAGUGAAGUUCCGAAAGUGGAAACCAAAAGUGGCAGUAUCCAAGAGCUGCCGAGAGUGGUGGUAUUUUGCUCUGAAUGCUAACUUGUAUGAGAUCAGAGAGCAGAGGAAACGCUGCACCUGGGACUUCUUGUUGCACCGCGCCCAUGAUGCUGUGUUUUAUACUGACAAAUAUUUCAGCAAGUUAAAAGGAGGCCUACUAUCUGCAGAAGACAAGGAGGAAAUGUGUCGGAUAGAGGAGGAACAGAGCUUCGAGGAACUGAAGAUCCUGCGUGAGCUGGUUCAUGAUCGCUUUUAUAAGCAAGAGGAACUAGCAGAGAGUCUCCGAGAGCCUCAGUUUGAUUCUCCAGGAAGCUCUCCUGGGGACCCAGAUGCCAGCGGAGGCAGUGGGAUGCUGCAGUACCUUCAGUCCUGGUUUCCUGGUUGGGGUGGCUGGUAUGGGCAGCAGAACCCGGAGGGGAGAGCAGUGGAAGGACUGCCGGCAGAGCAGCAGGAGCAGUGGACCCCCGAGGAGAUCCUGGGCACCGAGGAGUUUUUUGACCCCACUGCGGAUGCCUCAUGCAUGAACACGUAUACGAAGCGAGAUCACGUCUUUGCUAAAUUGAAUCUGCAGUUGCAGCGAGGCACAGUGACCCUGCUGCACAUGGAGCAGGGAGAUCCUCAGAUGAGUGAAAGUGCGUUCAUGCAGCUCGAGUUUUCAGAUGUAAAACUUCUAGCAGAAUCUCUUCCUCGAAGAAAUUCUUCCUUGCUUUUAGUCCGGUUGGGCGGAUUGUUUCUCCGAGACCUGGCUACGGAAGGAACCAUGUUUCCUCUUCUGGUCUUCCCUAAUCCACAAAAAGAAGUUGGCAGAGUCUCACAGUCUUUUGGUCUUCAGACCACAUCUGCAGACAGAAGUGAUCAGUACCCUGCUGCGGACCCAGAUGACCCAGUUUUUGAGAUGCUGUAUGAGAGAAAUCCAGUGCACAGUCAUUUUGAGAGGCGGCUGAAUGUCAGCACAAGGCCCUUGAACAUCAUAUAUAAUCCCCAGGCUAUUAAAAAAGUAGCAGACUUUUUCUACAAGGGAAAGGUUCAUACCUCAGGUUUUGGUUAUCAGUCUGAACUUGAGCUCAGAGUUGCUGAAGCUGCCCGCAGACAGUACAACAAGCUGAAGAUGCAGACCAAGGCAGAGAUCCGACAGACCCUCGACCGCUUGCUGGUGGGGGAUUUCAUUGAGGAAAGUAAACGGUGGACUGUGCGGCUAGACAUUUCUGCCCCUCAGGUGAUAUUCCCUGAUGACUUCAAGUUCAAGAAUCCCGUGUUAGUUGUUGUGGAUCUGGGAAGAAUGCUGUUGACAAAUUCCCAAGAUGACUCCAAAAGGACAAGUGGGGACGGGUCAGCCUCUGAGGAGAAUCAGUUCAGUGAUGAUGAGUACAAGACCCCUCUCGCCACACCUCCCAACACCCCACCUCCUGAGACAAGCAGCAGCAAUGGAGAGAAAACACCUCCUUUUCCUGGAGUGGAAAUCAGUGAGGAGCAGCUUCAGGCACAUUUGAUGAACACAAAGAUGUACGAGAGGUACGCGCUGUCAUUUAUGGACCUCCAGAUCAUGGUUGGGCGAGUGAAGGACAACUGGAAGCAUGUCCAGGAUAUCGAUGUGGGACCGACCCACGUGGUGGAGAAGUUCAAUGUUCAUCUGCAGCUAGAACGGCGACUGAUUUAUACUUCAGAUCCCAAGUACCCAGGGGCCGUGCUUUCAGGCAACUUACCAGACUUAAAAAUCCACAUCAAUGAGGAUAAGAUAUCUGCUCUAAAGAAUUGCUUUGCUCUCCUUACCACCCCAGAAAUGAAGACAUGUGACACUCAGAUUAAAGAGAAGAUUUUCCCCCAAGAAGGACAGCGGGGAAGUUUGCAGGACUCGGUAAUGAACCUGACCCAGAGCAUUGUGAUGCUGGAGCAGCAUACCCGGGAGGUUCUGGUGGAAUCGCAGCUGCUCCUGGCUGAGUUUAAGGUUAACUGCAUGCAGCUUGGUGUUGAGAGCAACGGCAGGUACAUUUCUGUGCUCAAGGUAUUUGGUACCAAUGCUCACUUUGUGAAGAGGCCUUAUGAUGCUGAAGUCUCACUCACUGUUCAUGGUUUGCUCCUGGUGGACACCAUGCAGACCUAUGGUGCUGAUUUUGACCUUUUGAUGGCUUCACAUAAGAACUUAAGUUUUGAUAUUCCAACAGGAAGCCUCCGGGAUAGCAGGGCACAAUCUCCUGUCUCUGGACCUAAUGUGGCUUCCUUAACUGAUGUAACCACCCUGAAUGACCGAUCUGCAACUAGUGUUUCACUUGACAAAGUUCUCACCAAAGAACAAGAGUCUCUCAUUAAGUUGGAAUAUCAGUUUGUGAGUUCAGAGUGCCCCUCAAUGAACUUAGACAGCACUCUUCAGGUGAUUUCAUUACAGGUGAAUAAUUUGGAUAUUAUCCUAAAUCCAGAGACAAUUGUGGAGCUGAUUGGUUUUCUUCAAAAAUCCUUCCCCAAGGAGAAAGAUGAUUUGAGCCCUCAGCCUUUAAUGACUGAUUUUGAAAGAAGCUUUAGAGAACAAGGGACUUACCAAUCUACAUAUGAACAAAAUACCGAGGUUGCAGUGGAGAUCCACAGACUUAACUUACUGCUCCUCCGGACAGUGGGGAUGGCAAACGGAGAGAAGCAUGGUAGGAAAAUCGCGACUGCAAGUGUAGGUGGCACCAAAGUUAAUGUCUCGAUGGGGAGCACAUUUGAUGUGAACGGUUCUCUUGGCUGUUUGCAGCUUAUGGAUUUGACACAAGAUAAUGUUAAGAACCAGUAUGUUGUCAGCAUUGGGAAUUCUGCAGGCUAUGAAAAUAUUGUCAGUGACAUUGGCUACUUUGAAUCGGUGUUUGUCAGAAUGGAAGAUGCAGCCCUUACUGAAGCGUUGAGUUUCACGUUUGUUGAGAAAUCUAAACAGGAGUGUUUCCUCAACCUGAAGAUGGCUUCCCUACAUUAUAAUCACUCUGCCAAAUUCCUGAAGGAGCUGACAUUAUCCAUGGAUGAACUGGAAGAGAAUUUUCGAAGUAUGCUGAAAAGUGCAGCCACCAAAGUCACCACAGUGUUAGCUACCAAGACUGCUGAGUACAGUGAGAUGGUGUCCCUCUUUGAGACUCCAAAGAAGUCCCGGGAACCCUUUAUCUUAGAGGAAAAUGAAAUAUAUGGGUUUGGCCUCACUUCUUGUCAUUCAGACACCGUAAAGCUAAUCCUGAACAUCUACAUUGAAUCUCCAGUUGUUUCUAUCCCCCGGAAGCCAGGGAGUCCUGAGUUGUUGGUAGGACACCUGGGACAGAUAUUCAUCCAGAAUUUUGUGGCAGGAGAUGACGAGUCCAGAAGUGACCGUCUGCAGGUGGAAAUCAAAGACAUUAAACUGUAUUCUUUGAAUUGCACCCAACUGGCGGGCAGAGAAGGUGCUGGGGCUGAAGUAAAUCGGACGUUUUGUCCACCCUCUGGCUCGGCCAGUGCCAACAGUCAAGAGGAAGCGCAUUUCACCCGACAUGAUUUCUUUGAAUCUCUGCAUAGAGGUCAAGCUUUUCACAUCCUGAACAACACCACCAUUCAGUUUAAACUGGAAAAGAUCCCUAUUGAGAGAGAGUCUGAACUGACCUUCUCUCUUAGUCCAGAUGACCUGGGGACCUCUAGCAUCAUGAAGAUUGAAGGAAAGUUCGUCAAUCCAGUUCAGGUGGUGUUAGCCAAGCACGUAUAUGAGCAGGUUUUACAGACGCUGGACAACCUUGUGUACAGUGAAGAUCUGAAUAAGUUUCCAAACAGUGUUGCCUCCUCCUCUUGCCCCAACUCUCCUGUGCCUGCCCUCAGUACCUGCGGAGAGCCUUCCCUGGAGAGGAAGGAGAACGGGCUGUUCAGCCACUCCAGUCUUUCCAGCACCUCUCAGAAGUCCUUGUCUGUGAGAGAAGCCAAAGCUUUCACUCAGAUUCAAGCCAACUUUUGUAUAUCAGAGCUUCAAGUUCAGCUAAGUGGAGAUCUCACUUUGGGGGCCCAAGGUCUUGUGAGCUUAAGGUUUCAGGACUUUGAGGUGGAAUUCAGUAAAGACCAUCCUCAGACCUUGUCCAUUCAGAUUGCUCUGCGUUCCCUGCUAAUGGAGGACUUACUGGAGAAAAAUCCAGAUUCCAAGUACAAGAACCUGAUGGUGUCCCGAGGUGCUCCCAAGCCAUCUAGCUUAGCACAGAAAGAGUACCUUUCCCAGUCUUGCCCUUCAGUAUCCAAUGUGGAGUACCCUGAUAUGCCACGCUCUCUCCCUUCCCACAUGGAGGAAGCUCCUAACGUCUUUCAGUUGUAUCAGAGACCCACCUCCGUCUCCAGGAAGAAACAAAAGGAAGUUCAAGACAAGGACUAUCCCUUGACCCCACCUCCUUCUCCGACCAUAGAUGAGCCCAAGGUAGUUACAGGAAAGAGUAAAUUUGAUGAUUCCUUGGUCCACAUCAAUAUAUUCUUGGUGGAUAAGAAACAUCCAGAAUUUUCUUCCAUUUACAAUCGAGUUAACCGGAGCAUUGACGUUGAUUUUAAUUGCUUGGAUGUUCUGAUCACAUUGCAAACCUGGGUCGUGAUCUUAGAUUUUUUUGGAAUUGGCUCCACUGCAGACAACCAUGCAAUGAAGUUGCCGCCUGAGGAUGUUCUGCAGAACGUCAAGGUAGAGUCCAGUGCCUUCACAGCACCCGAGCUUCAGGAUCCUGUGAACACCAAGCUGGAUCUCAAGGUUCAUUCACUCUCUCUUGUGCUGAAUAAAACCACCAGUGAGCUCGCUAAAGCCAAUGUGUCCAAAUUAGUAGCACAUCUGGAAAUGAUUGAGGGAGACCUGGCCUUACAGGGAAGCAUCGGGAGUCUGUCUCUGAGCGACCUCACCUCCCACGGCGAGCUCUACAGGGAGCGGUUCACCACGAGUGGGGAGGAAGCCCUCAUCUUCCAGGCUUUCAAAUACGGGCAGCCUGACCCUCUGCUGCGGAGAGAGCAUGAUGUUCGUGUGAGCCUGCAGAUGGCCUCUGUGCAGUAUGUGCACACACAGCGCUUCCAGGCCGAGGUGCUGGCCUUCAUUCAGCACUUCACGCAGCUGCAGGAUGUCUUAGGGCGCCAGCGCGCUGCGGUGGAGGGCCAGACGGUGAGAGAUCAAGCCCAGCGCUGUUCUCGGAUUCUUCUGGAUAUUGAGGCUGGUGCUCCUGUUCUUCUCAUCCCAGAAAGUUCCAGAUCAAAUAAAUUGAUUGUAGCAAAUUUGGGGAAGUUGAAAGUCAAGAACAAGUUUCUCUUUGCCGGUUUUCCUGGGACCUUUUCCUUACAAGAUAAGGAGUCAGUGCCUGUAGCCUCCCCUGCCUCCCCAGUGGGCACUCCCAGACACAGCACAAGGAAGACGACCAGCACUGAGGACCCCAGGGGGUCCUAUUCCCAGGGGCUGCUCACAAUGCCUCCUGCUGAAAUGGUCCUAGGCAGCCUGAAGAAUGAGUGUGUGCCCAGUGUCCCCACCAAGCAGCGAGGGCAGCAAGCCACACCGUCUGUCCGCCACGGUUCCAGUAGUCCAGAAGACCAUGUCUGCCUGCUGGAUUGUGUCGUCGUGGAUCUGCAGGACAUGGACCUCUUUGCUGCAGAACGACAUCCGCGAGAGUACCCCGUGACCUCGGAGGACAGCAGUGGGGAUCUGAUCUUCCCCUCCUAUUUUGUGCGACAGACUGGAGGGAGCCUCUUAACAGAGCCCUGUAGGCUGAAAUUGCAGGUGGAAAGAAAUCUGGACAAAGAAAUAAGUCAUACUGUGCCCGACAUAUCUAUCCAUGGCAGUCUCUCCUCAGUCCACUGCUCACUAGAUUUGUAUAGAUACAAGCUGAUCCGAGGCUUAUUAGAGAACAACCUUGGAGAACCCAUAGAGGAAUUUAUGCGGCCGUAUGAUUUACAAGACCCAAGAAUUCACACUGUUCUGAGUGGAGAGGUGUACACUUGCAUGUGCUUCCUCAUUGACAUGGUAAAUGUAAGCCUGGAGCUUAAAGACCCAAAAGGAAAAGAGAGUGCUGGGUCCCUCGCCAGAUUUGACUUCAAGAAAUGUAAACUGCUCUAUGAGAGUUUUUCCAACCAAACCAAAUCUAUUAACUUGGUUUCCCAUUCCAUGAUGGCUUUUGACACCCGCUAUGCUGGGCAGAAGUGCAGCCCUGGCGUGAGCAAUGUGUUCAACUGCAUUUUUCAGCCUUCCAAGAACAGCAGCACGCCCCAAGGAUCUAUUCAGAUUGAACUUCAUUUCAGGUCUACAAAAGAUUCCUCCUGUUUUACAGUAGUUCUCAACAAUCUCCGUGUGUUUCUCAUAUUUGACUGGCUGUUAUUGGUCCAUGAUUUUCUCCACACUCCCAGUGAUAUUAAAAAACAAAAUAUUACUCCUUCUCACCACCGAAACUCCAGCAGUGAAUCUGCAGUGGUCCCUAAGACUGUGAAGAGUGGAGUAGUGACCAAGCGGUCUUCUCUUCCUGUGUCCAAUGAAAGGCACCUGGAGGUCAAGAUCAAUGUAACAGGCACGGAGUUUGUGGUCGUUGAAGAUGUGUCCUGCUUCGACACCAAUGCCAUUAUUCUGAAAGGCACUACGGUGCUCACCUAUAAGCCCCGCUUUGUUGAUCGCCCCUUUUCAGGAAGUUUGUUUGGCAUCGAGGUGUUUUCGUGCCGGCUGGGGAACGAGCAGGAGACAGCUCUUUCUAUUGUUGACCCAGUACAAAUUCAAGUGGAGCUGGUGGGGAAUUCUUCUUACCAGAAUAGUUCUGGACUGAUGGAUGCAUUCAAUAGUGAAGACUUUCCACCUGUCCUAGAGAUUCAGUUACAAGCCCUGGACAUCAGGCUCUCCUAUAAUGAUGUCCAGCUGUUUCUUGCCAUUGCAAAAUCCAUCCCAGAACAAGCCAGUGCUGCGGUGCCAGACUCAGUGGCGGUGGAGGCAGAAUCCAUUGGCAGUCACCUUCCAGGUGCAUGGCGUGUUGGAGAGGAAACCAGAGAAGGGAUGAGACGUACCUUAGAUCCUGUCUUGGAGCUGCAACUGGCUAGACUGCAGGAGCUGGGCUUCAGCAUGGAUGAUUGUCGAAAAGCUCUUCUGGUGUGUCAAGGCCAACUGAAAAAGGCAGCAAGUUGGUUGUUCAAGAACGCAGAGCCUCUGAGGUCACUUUCCCUGGCCCCCAGUAGCCGUGAGGGUCCUGGGGCUGUGCCUGCCCCGAGGAUCUCUGGAGUGGAGAUCAAGGCUGAGAGUGUGUGCAUCUGCUUCAUCGAUGACUGCAUGGACUGCGACGUCCCCCUUGCCGAGAUCACCUUCUCCCGUCUGAAUUUUCUCCAGCAUGUGAGAACCAGCCCUGAAGGCUACGCCCACUUCACCCUUUCUGGAGAUUAUUAUAACCGUGCUUUGUCAGGCUGGGAGCCAUUCAUUGAGCCAUGGCCAUGCUCUGUAUCCUGGCAACAGCAGGCAGCUAGUCGUCUGCAUCCUCCUCGACUAAAGCUGGAGGCCAAGGCCAAACCCCGUCUGGAUAUCAACAUCACUUCUGUACUAAUUGAUCAGUAUGUAAGUACCAAGGAAUCAUGGAUGGCAGAUUACUGUAAAGAAGACAAGGAAAUAGAGUCAACCCAAUCAGAAGACUGGAUGGGCUCUUCAGUGGACCCUCCGUGCUUCGGACAAAGCCUCCCCCUUGUCUACCUUAGAACUAGGAGUACAGCCAGCCUGACUAACCUAGAGCACCAGACCUAUGCUGGAGAGGUGAAAACUCCCAAACGCCGGCAGCCAUUUGUCCCCUUUGCUCUGAGGAACCACACGGGGUGCACUUUGUGGUUUGCCACUCUGACCACGACACCCACCAGGGCGGCAUUGUCCCACAGUGGGAGUCCAGGUGUGGUCCCAGAAGGGAACGGAGCAUUUCUAGAUGAUGCUCACAAGGUCAGUGAGUGGCGAGAAGUCCUUACGGGUGAAGAGAUUCCCUUUGAAUUUGAAGCCAGAGGAAAGUUGAGACACAGACACACCCACGACCUACGGAUUCACCAACUGCAAGUGAGAGUGAACGGCUGGGAGCAGGUGAGCCCCGUGUCUGUGGACAAAGUUGGAACUUUUUUCCGAUAUGCUGCACCAGAUAAAAAUUCAUCUUCCUCCACGAUUGGCAGCCCGAGCAGCAGAACAAAUAUUAUACAUCCCCAGGUUUAUUUCUCUUCGCUCCCACCCGUCAGGGUGGUCUUUGCUGUGACCAUGGAAGGCAGUGCUCGGAAGGUCAUCACGGUGCGUUCUGCCCUCAUCGUGAGGAAUAGACUUGAGACACCAAUGGAACUGCGGCUGGACAGCCCAUCGGCCCCCGACAAGCCGGUGGUGCUGCCCGCCAUCAUGCCCGGGGACUCCUUCGCUGUGCCUUUGCACCUCACCUCAUGGCGGCUGCAGGCGCGGCCCAAAGGAUUGGGCGUCUUUUUCUGUAAGGCUCCUAUUCACUGGACCAAUGUGGUGAAGACUGCAGAGGUGAGCAGCAGCAAGCGAGAGUGCCACUCCAUGGACACGGAGAAGAGCCGCUUCUUCAGGUUUUGUGUGGCUAUAAAGAAAGAGAAUUAUCCAGAUUACAUGCCCUCAAACAUAUUUUCUGACAGUGCAAAACAGAUUUUCAGACAGCCAGGGCAUACCAUAUAUCUUCUGCCAACUGUGGUGAUCUGUAAUCUGCUGCCUUGUGAACUUGACUUCUACGUCAAAGGAAUGCCAAUUAAUGGAACCCUGAAACCUGGAAGAGAGGUGGCCCUCCACACUGCUGAUACGUCCCAGAACAUCGAGCUGGGGGUGUCAUUGGAGAACUUUCCCCUCUGUAAAGAAUUGCUCAUUCCACCUGGGACCCAAAACUAUAUGGUAAGAAUGCGACUCUAUGACAUCAACCGCCGGCAGCUGAACCUCACCAUCCGGAUUGUAUGUCGAGCAGAAGGGUCCUUAAAGAUCUUCAUUUCCGCUCCAUAUUGGCUCAUUAACAAAACAGGGUUACCACUGAUCUUCAGACAGGACAAUGCAAAGACAGAUGCUGCAGGCCAGUUUGAGGAACACGAGUUGGCCCGGAGCCUGAGCCCUCUCUUAUUCUGCUAUGCUGACAAAGAACAGCCAAACCUCUGCACGAUGAGAAUCGGAAGGGGGAUUCAUCCUGAAGGCAUGCCGGGCUGGUGUCAGGGCUUCUCCCUGGAUGGUGGUAGUGGUGUCCGAGCUUUGAAAGUCAUCCAGCAAGGAAACCGCCCAGGGCUGAUCUAUAACAUUGGUAUUGAUGUCAAGAAAGGCCGAGGUCGAUAUAUUGACACCUGUAUGGUCAUCUUUGCCCCCCGUUACCUGUUAGACAAUAAAUCAUCUCACAAGCUUGCAUUUGCACAAAGGGAAUUUGCCAGGGGACAGGGAACAGCCAAUCCCGAAGGUUAUAUCUCCACCCUUCCUGGCUCCAGUGUGGUGUUCCACUGGCCUCGCAAUGACUAUGAUCAGCUCUUGUGUGUGAGGUUGAUGGACGUUCCCAAUUGUAUUUGGUCUGGAGGCUUUGAGGUCAACAAGAAUAAUUCCUUUCAUAUCAAUAUGAGGGAUACCCUGGGGAAAUGCUUCUUCCUACGAGUGGAGAUCACCCUCCGAGGAGCCACAUAUAGGAUCUCCUUCAGUGACACAGAUCAGUUACCCCCUCCUUUCCGAAUUGAUAACUUUUCUAAGGUCCCCGUUGUCUUCACGCAGCAUGGCGUAGCUGAGCCCAGGCUCCGAACUGAAGUGAAGCCCAUGACCUCAUUGGACUAUGCCUGGGACGAGCCCACCCUGCCGCCAUUCAUCAUGCUGACUGUGAAGGGGGCUGGCUCCUCGGAGAUCAGCUGCAACAUGAAUGACUUCCAGGAUAACCGACAGCUUUAUUAUGAAAAUUUCAUCUACAUCGCUGCUACGUAUACGUUCUCUGGUUUGCAGGAGGGGACAGGAAGGCCCGGCUCUGCCAAUAAGGCCAUCACCUGUGCAGAGCUCGUCUUGGACGUCUCACCAAAGACACAGAGAGUCAUCUUGAAGAAGAAGGAACCAGGAAAGCGCUCUCAGCUCUGGAGGAUGACAGGAACAGGAAUGCUGGCCCACGAAGGCUCUUCAGUUCCUCACAACCCCAACAAGCCCUCGGCCACCCGCUCCACUGAGGGUUCUGCAAUCCUAGAUAUUGCUGGUCUUGCUGCAGUAACUGACAACAGAUACGAGCCGCUGAUGCUAAGAAAGCCCGACCGCAGGCGAAGCACGACUCAGACGUGGAGUUUCCGAGAAGGAAAACUGACAUGUGGCUUGCAUGGGUUGGUGGUCCAGGCCAAAGGAGGACUUUCUGGCUUAUUUGAUGGAGCUGAAGUUGUUCUUGGUCCUGACACAUCUGUGGAGCUUUUGGGACCAGUUCCACCCGAGCAACAAUUCAUUAACCAAAAGAUGAGGCCUGGCUCUGGAAUGUUAUCCAUCAGAGUCAUCCCAGAUGGACCGACUAGAGCACUCCAGAUAACAGAUUUCUGCCAGCGGAAAAGUGACCGCUCAUCAUGUGAGGUGGAUGAACUUCCUGUCACUGAACAAGAGCUGCAGAAACUAAGGAACCCAGAUACAGAGCAGGAAUUAGAAGUGCUCGUGAGGUUAGAAGGUGGAAUUGGUGUGUCCUUAAUCAAUAAAGUCCCAGAAGAACUUGUCUUUGCAAGUCUUACAGGAAUCAACGUUCACUACACACAGCUGGCCACCAGUCACAUGCUUGAACUCAGCAUACAGGAUGUACAGGUGGACAAUCAGCUCAUUGGCACCACGCAGCCCUUUAUGCUCUACGUGACUCCCCUGAGCAACGAGAACGAGGUCAUCGAGACAGGCCCUGCAGUGCAGGUCAAUGCAGUGAAGUCCCCCAGUAAGAGCGCACUGACCAACAUCUACAAGCACCUGAUGGUCACAGCCCAGAGGUUCACCGUACAGAUUGAGGAAAAACUGCUCCUUAAGCUGCUCAGUUUCUUUGGCUACGACCAGGCAGAGUCAGAGGUGGAAAAAUAUGAUGAAAACCUCCAUGAAAAGACGGCCGAGCAGGGGGGGACGCCAACGCGAUACUACUUUGAAAACCUCAAGAUCAGCAUCCCCCAGAUCAAGCUGAGUGUGUUCACUUCCAACAAACUGCCACUGGACCUUAAGGCCCUCAAAAGCACCUUGGGAUUCCCACUGAUUCGAUUUGAAGAUGCUGUGAUUAAUCUGGACCCGUUCACUCGGGUACAUCCCUAUGAGACCAAGGAGUUCAUCAUCAACGACAUCCUCAAGCAUUUCCAGGAGGAACUCCUCAGCCAGGCAGCUCGAAUCCUGGGAUCGGUGGAUUUUCUUGGAAAUCCCAUGGGACUUUUGAAUGAUGUUUCUGAAGGUGUUACUGGACUGAUAAAGUACGGAAAUGUCGGGGGCCUUAUCAGAAAUGUCACACAUGGGGUGUCGAACUCUGCUGCCAAGUUUGCAGGGACAUUAUCAGACGGCUUGGGGAAGACGAUGGACAAUCGGCAUCAGUCAGAGAGGGAGUACAUCCGGUACCACGCCGCCACAAGUGGGGAGCACCUGGUCGCCGGCAUCCACGGCCUGGCUCAUGGUAUCAUUGGAGGCCUGACCAGUGUCAUAACCUCCACGGUGGAAGGUGUGAAAACAGAAGGGGGCGUCAGCGGUUUCAUUUCUGGCCUCGGGAAAGGGCUUGUUGGCACUGUGACCAAGCCAGUGGCAGGCGCCCUGGAUUUUGCAUCUGAAACAGCCCAGGCGGUGAGAGACACAGCCACACUCAGUGGCCCCAGGACCCAAGCACAGAGGGUGCGGAGACCGCGUUGCUGCACCGGACCCCAGGGACUGCUUCCCCGCUACUCUGAGAGCCAGGCCGAGGGACAGGAGCAGCUCUUCAAGCUAACAGACAAUAUCCAAGACGAGUUCUUCAUAGCCGUGGAGAACAUUGACAGCUACUGUGUGCUCAUCUCCUCCAAAGCCGUGUACUUCCUGAAGAGCGGGGACUAUAUUGACCGAGAGGCCAUUUUCCUCGAGGUCAAAUACGACGACCUCUACCACUGCCUCGUCUCCAAGGACCAUGGCAAAGUGUACGUGCAGGUGACCAAGAAAGCGGCGAGCACAAGCAGCGGCGUGUCCAUCCCAGGCCCGUCCCACCAGAAGCCGAUGGUCCAUGUGAAAUCUGAGGUCCUUGCUGUCAAGUUAUCCCAAGAAAUAAACUAUGCAAAGAGCCUUUACUAUGAACAGCAGCUUAUGUUAAGACUCAGUGAAAAUCAAGAGCAGUUAGAGCUGGACACCUAGAGGCCCCGGCUGCUGGAGGGACGCUCCCAGACACAGACCUGGCCACCCAGAAGACGGACGCCUGUGCACUCGGCGCAGAACAGAGGGGAACCAGAAGGUCUGGGGGAAGAUACCAAGGAACAAGGGAAAGGAAGCCCUCAUGGGGGAACCCAAUGGAGUUAAUUUGUGGGCCGGGGAGUUACUUUAGAUUAUGGGGAAGUAAUUUUUGAAAGGUGUCGGUUGAAUAACGUCAAAAAAACAAAAGUACUAAGAUGAAUCUAAUUUUUAAACUGCCCUGUAUCUUGUUAACAUGUAUAUAUGUACAACUGCGUGUCUGUAAAUAUACAGGAGCUUCCGAGCAGGGCUGUGCUGUGCGUGAAGGUUUGUCACCUGUAAAGGCGCAUAAAUUGCACAGGAUCUUCUCUUGCACUAGUUCUCCACACCUCAUCCAGGGUGCUCUGGAGAGGGGCAUUCUCCACAGCUGUGUCGCGUCUGAGCUUUGCACUUUCAGGAGCAGGUGGAGGUGAGGUUGAGUGUUAGGAGUGAGCCCUUGGCGGUGACUGGCUGCCCCAGAGAGAGCACUCCCCGUGGCCCUCUCUGUCCUCACACUAGUCCCUGCUGCUUAGAUUCCUCCGGUGGUUUCCUACUCUGUGUCCCCUUGGCUCUCCCCUGCCUGGUCUUGCCCACUCCGAGGUGACAUUGUCUUCAGUUGAUGUGCACACUGUUUUUAGAGAGGUUUGAGACAUGAGUGGGCUCUCUUGAUGAGAAGGCCCGUGUGCUGGUGUCACUGCCCGAGGGACCUGGAUGAUGACACCAGGAUAAGGAGGAAGGAAAAGAAGGUCUUAGAGAAGAGAGGGAAACACGAGUGUUGAAGACCUGUGCAGACCUGCGCUCGUGAGCUUCUCUUGGAACUAGGAUUUGGCCAGAGCGUGUCUUGUCCUUGGUUUGAAUCCAAGCCUGGUCCAAGAGUCGGCUCUGCCUGGCUCUCGGCUUCAGUUUUCCCCUUUUCUGUAAGGAAAAAGAAAACGAGGGCAGAAAAGCCUCACUCUACAAGGGAAGGACUCACCUGUGAUUUUUAAAUUUUUUAUUUUAAUAAAGCUAAUCAGUUUCUACAACCUUGUCACAUGUAGCUGAGACCCGAGGAGGCCUGGGGGAUCAGUGGAUGUGUAGAAGGUUUGGAUGCUCAAAGUUCACAGCCCACCCCUUCCACGACACAGAUGAAGCCAUCCCCUCUCCCCACUUCCUUCUGCCCUCCCCUCCCACCCCAUGUGCGCAUGCGUGGGUCUGUUCAGAGAGGAGGAAGAGCGCUUCUGCACCUGGGUAGUGCUUCCCAGGAGUGGAUAGUUCUCAUGGGGCUACAAGCCAGGGGGUGGCACAACUGAGUCUAGGUUUUCAUAGGCCAAGUGGUUUGAGAUCAGGGGUUUGUGGCUCUCCAAGUGACCAUCAUAAGGAUAUCAGUGUUCUCAAGAUUCACAGCAGAAAGGCCAAGUGUUAGCUCCCCUGGCCUUCCUCUCCAACCUCUGUCCCUGACCCCCACAAGUCUGGCUUGAGGUCAUCAGUCACCAACUGCCUGAGAUUACUCUCUCUUCCACAUGAAACUCUCAGAAGGGUUGAUUCUGUGCAUCAGUGAGCCUUCUGUCACUUGCUGGGACAGAGUCACCCUGAGAUGUCCUUGUUGGAUUGAGAAGCUAAUAUUGCUAUGGAAACCUGCUGUGGCCCAGCAAUCCCAAGUGCUGUGGUCUCUGACUUGAGGAAGGGAGCCAAGGGCUGCCCGGGAGCCGGUGCUUGGUGGUGUGCACUGCCCUCUUCCAGCUGCUUUCUAAUUGAAUCAGCUCUUUAAAUGGUUGUCCAUCUCCUGUGAGACACAGCCCCUUCCUCUGACAUUUGCACUUUUGAAGGGGCAGAUGUUAAAAGGGGAUCCAGAGACCAAACAGGGCAGGGCUACCAGGCAAGAAAGGGCCAACUACAGGGUUCCCCCACCCUCCCUGCCCUGCAGCCCUCGUGCCCAGCCUGGGCAAGAUUUCAGGGGUUUUGCCAUUGCUUCAUAAUUUGCUGAGACAGAAUCCAAAGCUGUGGAAGAAGCAGGCCCUGCCCAGGCUCCAUAAAUAUCCUAUUUCUUCUUAAAUGGGUAUUUAGCCUAUGGUGUCUGAGACUUUGUCAGGACAAUUUCUACCAAUUUUAAUGCUGCCUCAAAAUGCAUAGUUCCUCUUUCAGGAAAGUAAAAUUGAUGGGAUGAAAAGGGGGAAGAUAAUAAGGAGACCAAAAGCCAUCCCAGUCCCCUGAGCCAGCGCGGUUGGCCGACGCAUGUCGGGAGGCCAGCCUGGCCAACGUGCCCAGCCCCGGGCCCCAGCCCUGAGUGGUGGAAACAGUUGGGCGACCUCAGCCCCGGCCCCAAACUGCUGUGCCUGGUGGGUGCCCACCCCAGUGUUCAGAAGGCUCCAGGGCCACCUCGUUUUCAAGUGUCAUCUGUGCCUCAAAAAAUGAUGGCAGCUGCUUGGUGAACUUCUGAAAACAGAAGGUCUGUUCCCCACUGUGUGAGCACUCGGUCACCGUGUGUGCAGAUCUGGAAUCUGGUUCCCAUAUCAGAGUCGUCUCUCUUCUUCCUGUGGAAUAAAAUGCGUUGUUGACUUCCCAGA